AUGGGGACGCGGAGCUGCCCGGACGAGGGGCCUCCGCCGCCGCCAGCCCCGGAAAGCGACGCCGAGCUCCCGCCUCAUGGGGCUGCUCGGCCCCAGGGGCGCCCCGGGGAGCCUCGCCGGCAGGAGGCUCCCGCGGCCCCGGCGGAGCUUCCGAGCGGCCGAGGAGCUGAGCAGGCGGAGGAAGAGGAGGAAGUCGGCGAGGGCAGCAGCACCGAGAGCAGCCGCGACGAGCUCCAGCCCGAGGCCACGCCUUCUGCACGGGGCCUGGCCACGCCCUCCGUCUCCACCCCUUCUGGGGAAGGGGCGCGAGGGGCGGCGCGGCGCCUGCGGGGGCAGCAGCUGGAGGCCCUGACCCGCGUGGCCCUGAUGGAGCAGCGCGUGAAGGAGCUACAGCGCCAGCGGAAGGAGCUGCGGAUCGAGAUGGAGGUGGAGGUGGCCCUGCUGCGGGGCGAGCUGGCCGGGGAGCGCGUGGCUGCCCGGCGGGAGGAGGAGCAGCUCCGGGAGUUGCUGGGACAGCAGGCGGCCACGGAGCAGCGCAGCCGCAGCCGGGAGCAGCAGCGGGAGGAGGAGCAGAGACGCCUGAGCCAGGAGCGGGACCGCGUGGAGGGUCUCCGCCAGAGACUCCGGGAGGCCCAGGGACAGCUCGACUCACAGCCCGAAGGCCAGCGCCAGCAGCUUCUGCAGGGGGUGCAGGAGGCCAGGGAGCAGCUGGAGGUGGCCCAGCGCGCCUACGAGGACCUGGAGUUCCAGCAGCUGGAGCGAGAGAGCAGGCAGGAGGAGGAGGAGCAGGAGCAGGACCGCGCCGGGGCCCCAGCGCCCGAGGCCAGGGUCCAGGAGCUUCAGGCCAGCGUGGCGCAGCACAAGCGCCGGAUCCAGGUCUUGGAGGAGCAGCUCAAGUCGCUGGGGGAGCAGAUGGCGGCCGAGAGCCGCGGGCUGAGCCGGAAGAAGGAGGAGGCCCUUCAGGCCCUGACUCAGGAACGGAGCCGACUCCUGGAGCUCAGUCAACUUCAGGGAUCACCCAGUGGGGACGUCUGUGAGCCCGGCCAGGCCCUCACGAAGCUGCUGUUCACGCAGAAGACGGACCGACAGCUGCUGCUGCUGCAGGACCCCUCGGCCCCCAGCGCCGCCUCCUCCUGCCUCCUCUCCGUCCACAGCUCCCUGCAGGGCUCCAUCGGCCUCCGGAGGACCGGGAGCCUGCCUCGGAGAAGAGUAGAGCGAGCCGGCCAGAGUGGAGCCCCGCGGCCCCUGUCGCUCCAUUGCACAGGACCCCUGGAGGCCUCAGCUGUCCCCGCAGCGGGGACGGACCCUGGGAGACACCCCCUCUACCAGCUGCUGAACUGCAGCCCUGGGAGCAGCUGCAGAGCCUUCCACCCGGACAUCGCCCACAUGGAGCGGCUCCUGCAGCAGGCCGUGGCCGAGCGGGAGCGGCUGCUCAAGGCCAGGGAAGGGACGAGAAGGAGCACAGAAGGUCCCCCAGGCCGCGCCGUGGCAGCCAUCACGGCCCCGCCCACGCCCCCGCCACGCCCCCCGGGCCCCCGAGUGCUGGACCUGCGGCAGCACCUGGAGCGAUGGGGCCACAACACGGAGAACUGCCCGCACGUGCGCGUGUCCGGGGGCUGCUGCCGCGGGCCCCUGGUGAAGAUGGGUGGCCGCAUCAAGACCUGGAGGAAGCGGUGGUUCUGCUUCGACCGCCAGGCGCGCCGCCUGGCCUACUAUGCGGACAAGGAAGAGACCAAGCUCAAGGGCGUCAUCUACUUCCAGGCCAUCGAGGAAGUCUACUACGACCACCUGCGCUGCGCCUCCAAGAGCCCCAACCCCCGCCUGACCUUCUGCGUCAAGACCUACGAACGUCUGUUCUACAUGGUGGCCCCGAGUCCGGAGGCCAUGCGCAUUUGGAUGGACGUCAUAGUGACAGCUGCCGACGAGAACCACGCCCCCUGAGAAGCCACGCCCCCGGGAGGGGGCAUGGCCCCGAGGCUCCGCCCACUGCGGGCACUGGCUCCUGCCCCUCUGUACUCCUCGCUGGGAUCCUGAGCGCCGCCGAGCUCGGCUGGCCUGGGCCGCGGUGCUCGGGGUCCUGCCCGCGGCAGGUGCAAGGUCGCGGGGCCGGGGAGGAACUAUUUAUUGGUGCUUCUGUGAUACCGGAUUAAACGUGGAGGACA